AUACCAACGCUGUGCCGGGCGUCCAGCCAUGAAGCGGGUCUGUCUCAUCCGCCACGGGCACAGUGAGCACAACUACUCCACCACGAAACGCGUGUCGUGGCUGGGCGGUUUGUUCCUCCGCGACUCGCCGCUGACGGCGCUGGGCCGAAGCCAGGCGAGGCGCCUGGGCGACGAGCUGCGCUCGGAUGAACAGCAUCCCCUGCGCCAGGUGGAGGUUGUGAUCUCCAGCCCCCUGAGCCGCGCCAUCGAGACCUCUCUGCUGAUUUUCGGCGAGGAAGCGCAGCCGCCGCGUUGCAUCAGUCAUCUCCACACUGAGCGGUGCAUCUUUCCGUGUGACACUGGACGGACUACUGAGGAUUUGCUGACGAAAUUCAGCUGCCUGGAGCAGUGGGAAGGUUUCUCCCAGCUGCCGGCAGAGUGGUGGCCCAAGGAUCGAUCCAUCUGGCAGGUGACGCCAAGGGAUCGGGUUGACGCAUUUCGGCGCUACUUGGCGCAACGGUCAGAGGCGGUUCUGGCGGUGGUGGGCCACGCGGGCUUCUUCGGUGAGUUGGUAGGGAAGCACAUGAGCAACUGCGAAACGCUCUGGUUGGACCUGGACCCUGCGGAUGCCUCCGUGCGACCGGCCGCGAGCGUUGCUGAGGGUGCCAAGCGUGACGGAGAAAGAGCCUUGCACCAAGCGGCCGCCGAGCAUGCGCGACGGCAGCUGGCGCAAGCGCGACGCGAGGGGAAGGAUCGGGAAGCCCUGGAACAGGAAAUCCACGAGCUCCGCCUCGAGCUGACGCAGGCCAAGAAUACCAUGCAAAUCCGCCUGCGCGAACAGGAGGCAGAGUUCCAGAAGCAAUGCCUGGAAUUGAGAGCCACCAGACUGGAGGAGGAGAAGCGCCAGCGCCGGGAAGAUGCCAGGAGGUCCCCUGCGCUGACCGAAAGGGCCACUGGAGGCGCCGAGAUCUCGAGAAUAGAAGGUUCUCUCGAGGACGUGUCCAUGUUGUCCGAAGGUGCUGCUGAGGCCAUCAACAAGAUGAAGUUGUUGGAAGAUCAGCUCCGUUCGUGGCAAGGGAUGGACCACGACAAGUCGCUGAUCACGGGUGACCCGGGUGCACCGGCCGGUGGAGGGACCGCAGUGGUGUCGGAACGGCCUGAGGUUUCACCCUAUCAUCGAGAGGCCGAGUUGCUCCUGGAGAUGCAGCAGGAACACCUCAUGACCAUCCGCCUGAAGCGUCAAGCCCUCGAAGCGCGACGCUGCGCGGAGUUCCGGAUGGUGCGAUCCGCCUCGCUGCCCAACUCCAUCUUGGACAGCAUUCCUUCCCGCUUGGCGAAGUCACCGGAAGCUUCGAAGCAGGCCAUGGUACCGCGUAGCGAACCAUGCCUGCUGCAGAAGCUGGAAGCCUCGCCCAACAGUGCAGGCGCUGUUCUGGGCAGCAGUCGUUCCAAUGGAGCCAACAUCUCUGCAUCAGGUUCGCCGCCACGAGAUUUCGCCCAACCAAAAGAGGAGGCCAAAGAGCCUUCGCCCUGUAGCUGUCAGGCCUUGUCGCCUGCUCCUUCACUGGAGGCUGCCACCGCGGACCGGCCCGACCUCUUCGUGGGCGCCGGCCCGGCGGACUCGCCCAUGGACGUUGAUACCAGGUGUCAGGGUUCUCCCUCUCGCGCCGCUGCUGGACGUUUACCGCCACUGGCAGGUGUUGAAAAACCACCCGAGCGCGGGACGAUAGGCCUUGUUGGGGAUUUGAGUCCCAGCCGCCGUCCCGAGAUCGACACGCAGCAGCAAACGCAGGAGCCGCAGGAGGCUGAAAGGCCACAGAAGGAGGUGACCCAGAUCUCCGGAACUCUGGAUGCCAGGCUGAAGGAAGUGGAGCUGGAUCGUGCCUCCUGGCGCCGUCGCACCCUGCUUCUGGAGGAGCAGAUGCAACGCUUGUUGCAGCAGCAGAGCGCCAAGUCCGAGGAGGUGGCAAGUCCUGGCAAGGUGCGUUGGCGUCCGCAAGCCUUGCAACUGGAGGAGGAGAACACGGAAGCGGAGGAUGCCUGGAAAGAACAGCGACAGCUUCUGGAGGCCCAGCUCGCGCAAGCGGUGGCCGAACGGGAUCGCAUGAUCGAGGCCACCAACGAGCUGCGUGCCGAUGUGCGUCGCUUGACGAGUCGCCGGAAGAGUAGCCGUGAGGUCUCCAUUGCCACAGCCGCUCCGCUGGGCGCGCCCCUGCAGCUGGGACCGCAGCUGGGACCGCAGCUGGGACCGCAGCUGGGACCGCAGCUGGGACCGCAGCUCGUGCAGCCCGUGCAGUUGCCGUCGCCCGGGCCAUCGCCCGCGACGGUGAUGCGACAGGCGUUGGAAGAAGGCGGCCCCCAUCUGCCUCGCGAGCGACGUGAAUCAGAUCGCUUUGGCGUCAUGGGCAGUGCUGCAAGCAGUUCCCCAGAGAAACCAGGCUACUCGGCUGAGCGGCCCAGAGCACCCGAAGCGCCGCGCUUCACACUGAGCUUGCCCAUCCCGGCAGCAGGCACUCCUGGUGUAGCACACGUGCGCCGGCCAGAGGUGGAGGUGCCCGGCAGUGCCAGCCUCUCUCGUUCGCCCUCACCACCGGGUUGGCCGCCACCCUCACCAGAGACAGUGCACAGCGAGCCCCACGGUCUGCCCAUGCCGCCGCCCAUGAGGCCGCAGCCUGCAUGGAGCCCUUGGAGCCCGGCAAAUCCUCCGCCCGUGAGUGCAACCAUCGCCUCGCCGUCGCAUCCGGAGGAUGCUUCGCCUGCGGCCAUGCGCGUGCGCGAUGCGUUGAAGAUGCUAAGUCCCAGGCGCUGCAAAUCGACCAGUCCAAAUAGGAGAUGACACCGGGGUAACAUGGAGCUGCGAUGAUCCGCGUGGGAAAUCUGAUCCAGAGUUCGCCAUGGGAUUUCGAUGGCCCAUUUAGUUCGAUGGUUGACCUAUUAAUGGC